AUGAAGCUCACUGUCUCUACUGUCCUUACUGCGCUUGCGCUUGUGUCUGCGACACAGGCUGCGGUGCUCCCACCCGCCGACAGGCACAUGGUGGACCGCAGGAACAACGGCAAUGCUGAUUCUCUUCUGCAGGGCUUUGCAGCUGGUCUGCACUCUGUGGUCGGUUCGUGGAACCAGCAUCAGUCUAGCUCGAGUGGCUCGUCGCACACCCGCAACGCGGCGGUGUCGAACUCGACUGCCUCGACGCAGUCGGGCUCGAACUCGUCGGGUUCGGGCUCGUCCACUGGCUCGUCCACGGGCUCGUCGUCGUCGUCGGCUUCUCCUUCGUCGUCCUCGUCCUCGUCCUCGUCCAACUCGGGCAACGCGCCGCUGUCCAACAGCGGCAAGCUUGGUCUGGCGUGGGCGAACAAGGGAAGCAUGAACAUUAACCGCUGGAUUAACGACAAGGUCUCCUGGUACUACUCGUGGGACGCCACGCCGGGCUGGAGGAACGCGCCGACGAACAUCACGUUCUGCCCCAUGCUCUGGGGUGAGCGGAACGAGGAUGACUUCCGUCAGCACGUCCUCCAGAACCUCAAUGGCAAGCACAACCAAGGCAAGUGUGUUCUUGGUAUGAACGAGCCGAACCAGAAGGGCCAGUCGGACAUGUCGGUUAACACUGCGUGUGGUCUUAUGCGUGCCAACAUCCUCCCUCUCAAGGGCCUCGGCUGGUACGUGGUCUCCCCUGUCACCACCAACGCCCCGAGCGGUGAGACCUGGAUGGACAACUUCCGCUCGACGUGCCCCGAUGUGUGGAGCGCGAUCGACGCGGUGGCGCUGCACUACUACGACACCUCCACGAACAAGUUCAAGAAGUACGUGAACCACUGGCACAACAAGUACGAGAAGCCUAUCUGGGUUACCGAGUACGCUUGCCAGAACUUCAACGGUGGUGCGCAGUGCUCCACUGGUCAGGCAUACAACUUCCACACCGAAAUGGCCAACUGGUUCAACGAGCAGGACUUUGUCGAGGCGUACGCUCCGUUCGGCGUCAUGCAGAACAUGCAGGGCGUCUCCUCUACGAACCAGCUCGCCAAUGGCCAGACCCCCAGCCCGCUGUUCAACGCGAUCACUCAGUAA